CGCACAUAUAUACAUAUUGUAUUUGCCAAAACAUUGUGCACAUUUCAAGAAUGACAGGCAUUUCCAUUGAUUGACAAUGGCUGCAAGAACACCUCAAACUGGUCGGAGAAGAAAACGACAGCAACCACCAGUGUACAGUGGAAUAAGUGGUUCAUACGAAGACAAAGACAACGAUUAUGUUUGUCCAAUUUGUUUUGAUCUGUUAGAAGAGGCUCAUAUGACAAAAUGUGGGCACACAUUCUGCUACAAGUGUAUCAAGCAAAGCCUAGAACAGAGUAAUAGAUGUCCAAAAUGUAACUUUGUCAUCGAUAGUGUUCAGCAGCUUUUUCCAAAUUUCACUGUAAAUGAACUGGUGCUGAAACACAGAGGAAGACAGGAUGAAAAGAAGAUGAAAAUUGACCAACAGAACUCACCAGGAGGUGGCUCUGACCUCUGUGACCUUGUAACGGAAGACAGCCUUGACCUUCCUCAUGUCAAUCAGCUGCUGUCAUUAUUACACCACAAAAAACAGCUGUUAGAAGCAGAUGGUACGCUGGCACAAAAUCUUAUUCUGAAAGAAUUUUUACAACAAAUUCGUUUAAAGAAACAGGAGCAAAUAGACCAGUUAACUAGAGAACUUGCAGUUAUUGACGAAGAUACAAAAAAAGUGGAGAUGAUGAUCUCAGAACACAGAAGGAAAUAUCCGUUUACUCCUGACCAUCUGGUGCCUAAUGGUUUUGAUCCCUCCAUAUCCUCUAACUCUGAUAUGGGCAGUCAAGAAGGUUUUAACGGCAGCAAAAACGCUGGCAAGUGGUUAAGUACAACGAUGGCAGCGAGGAAGAAGAAGGUCAGUCAACACUUUGAUGAUCUGGAGCAGUGCUACUUCUCUGUGAGACAGAGAGAAAUACUUACUGGUGGAGAGAAUAAAGAUGGACUAGGAGAGUUUACAGAAAGUCUUUCAAAGUUCACCAGAUUUAGCUCAUUCAGACCACUGGCCACUCUCAGCUAUGCCAGUGACUUCUAUAGUGGCUCCAGUAUAGUAUCCAGUAUUGAGUUUGACCGAGACUGUGAUUAUUUUGCUAUAGCAGGUGUUACAAAGCGUAUUAAGGUGUUUGAAUACUGCAAUGUUAUAAAGGAUGUGGUGGACAUUCACUACCCAGUCAAUGAGAUGGUGUGCAACUCCAAAAUCAGCUGUGUAACUUGGAGCGCGUAUCACAAGAACAUGCUGGCCAGUUCUGACUAUGAGGGCACCAUUACCUUGUGGGAUGCUUUCUCGGGCCAAAAGUCCAAGAUCUUCCAGGAACAUGAAAAACGUUGCUGGAGUGUUGAUUUCAACAGAAUGGAUCCUAAGCUACUAGCGUCUGGAUCAGAUGACGCCAAAGUGAAGUUGUGGUCCACCAGUGCUGAACACUCUAUAGCAAGUUUAGAGGCAAAAGCUAAUGUGUGCUGUGUCAAGUUCAACCCUGAGAGUCGCUACCAUUUGGCUUUUGGUUCUGCAGAUCAUUGUGUACACUACUACGACCUUCGGAACACUAAACAAGCUGUGAUGAUCUUCAAAGGUCACAGAAAGGCUGUGUCCUAUACAAAAUUUUUAAACACCAAAGAAAUAGUAUCAGCAUCCACAGACAGUCAACUAAAACUAUGGAAUAUCAAGAAGCCUACUAAUUUACAGACCUUUAAGGGGCACAUUAAUGAGAAAAACUUUGUGGGCUUGGCUACUGAUGGAGAUUAUGUUGCUUGUGGAAGCGAGAAUAAUUCCCUCUAUGUGUAUUAUAAAGGCCUGUCUAAACAGCUGCUCACAUUUAAGUUUGACACAGUCCGCAGUGCUUUGGAGAAGGAUAAGAAAGAAGAGGAGAUCAAUGAGUUUGUUAGUGCUGUUGCCUGGCGACCAGGCUCCAAUGUGAUAGUAGCAGCCAACAGUCAGGGAACAGUUAAAGUGCUAGAAUUAGUGUGACAAAUGCUGUCAUAGUUUAUGUGGGACAAUCAACAAUUCAAGAUAGUGUUAACUGGAUCUAGUGUCCCAACAGAAGCAAGGGUAUGAUUGGACGUAACUAAAUAUUGUAUGCUGAAAGGACAGUAUUAGUGACAACUAAAUAUUGUAUGUCGGAAGGGUAGGCUUGGUGGCAAAUAGAUCUUGUAUGCUGAAAGGAAAGGAUAAGUGACAGCUAAAUGUUGUAUGCUGAAAGGAGGGGAUUAGUGACAACUUAAUGUUGUAUGCUGGAAGGAGAGGACUGAUGACAACUAGAUGUUGUAUGCUGGAAGAACAGGAUUAGUGACAACUAGAUGUUGGAAGGACAAAAUUAAUGACAACUAGAUGUUGGAAGGACAGGAUUAAUGACAACUAGAUGUAUGCUUAAGGGAGAGGAUUGCUGACAACUAAAUGUUGUUUGCUGGAAGGAGAGGACUGAUGACAACUAAAUGUUGUAUCCUGGAAGGAGAGGACUGAUGACAACUUAAUGUUGUUUGCUGGAAGGAGAGGAUUGCUGACAGCUAAAUGUUGUUUGCUGGAAGGAGAGGAUUGCUGACAGCUAAAUGUUGUUUGCUGGAAGGAGAGGACUGGUGACAACGAAAUGUUGUAUUCUGGAAGGAUAGGAUUAGUGACAACUAGUUGUGAACACUGUAUUCAGCUGUAACAGUAACAAGAUUGAUUGGAACUAGUUGUAGUUUCUGGAAGGGCAGGAUUCAAGACAUCUAGAUGUGUACUGGUAUACUGAGGGCAGUUGUAGGAUUGACAUGUUUGAUGACAGCCAGAUGUUGUACGUGGAAAGCAUAGGAAUGACACCAAGAUGUUGUAUAUUGAAGUUAGUUUUUAAAAGAAAUAGGACUAAAACAAACUAGAUGUUGUACAUUGGAAUCAUUUCUACCAAGGCAAACCUAAUAAUAUCUAGACUGAUUUAUUCAGUAAGUGAAAAAACAGGAUUAACAAAGAAUUGUCAAUCCUGAAAGGACAGCAUCAUUGACAACCAAAUGUUGGAUACUUACGUCUGUGAUAACAAGGAGAACUGGAGGAGUAAACAAUUUAUCUGUGGGUAGACAAAUCACGUAAUUAAUAUUCAGUCUGACAGCGGGUAGACAACCAGAAAAAGUCUGUGCUUUAUAAAGACAUUUAAUGGUACUUUUUUAUUGUUAUAAUAUUGCCAAAUUUAAGUGUUGACAUGACAAGUUAAAAUUCACCUGAAAGUAGUACUGUACUACACAGAAUGUAAGGUGUGUGAUAUAGUAUGUUGUGUUUGUGAGAUGAAUACAUUUAUUAAUCAUUUAUGCAGAAGUGAUACGUUAUAUACUUUAAGGUGAAAGUGGUUUUGGGGAGGGACGUGUUACUGGUUUAUUUUAUGAAAUAACCCUAUAUAUAUUGUAUAUUAGUUAAGAGUUUAUAAAGCAUACAAAUUGAUGAAAACCUGUUGACGAGAAGAGCAUAGUAAGUGUCUGUGGUAUUGAGAGUUUAGCUACGUGACACUCUUUAUAAGUUUUUAAGGUUAACAAAUUAAAACCUUUCAUAUGUGAGUAGUUUCUUUUUUCUCAAUAGAAAUUUUUAAUUUUUACAUCAAUUCAUAUUUCAGAACCACUUGUGACCAGACAUUGAAAAAGAUGUGUUUUAUACAGAGGUGACUUUUGAUAUGGUUUGAUGUAUCAUAUGGUCACAAUAUUUUACUGUAGACCAACAUUCUUUCACAUGCAUCCAACGUUCUUUCACAUGCAUUUCAUUUUCAUGACUUUUCAGUUGAGAAGCAAAAUUACAAAACUUAAUGAUAGUGAAUUAACAUGGAAAAUAAAAUUAAUAUUUUCAUGGUUCAAUCUUGUUGAUUAAUGAUAAAAAAAUUUUUUUAACUUAAUGUACAAUUUAUUCUGAAUCCUCCUGUUCUGAAUAAUAUGUAGCUAAAAUUCUUAGCACAUUUGGUAAAUCUGUUAUUUCAUGGUCAAGAAUUAAUUUAGUAAAGAUUUUAAUUCAUUGCCUGGGUCACCUGUAUAUGAAGCCGUACACACUUUAAGGUGACUGUGAUCAACCUUCUCAUUGGUAAUGAAACAAGCUUGUGACACCGAAUUAAUUUUAAAGCUAAUGAGACUGGUUGAUUUAUAGGGGUAUUGUACCAAAUUUUUUUAUUCCUGAAGUGUCAAAAAGUUGCUCCAGUCUAUGAAAAGUCAUUAAGUGAUCCAUGUCCUUCACCUAUCCGUGGGCAAGCUUAAAUGUCAUGGCAAAAUUAACAACCAUACAUGGGGCUCCAAACAGGGUUUGCGCCCUUCAAAUUUACAAUUAUCAUAGUGGUUCAGAAUUCAUGAAUGUAAAUCAUAGCAAUCUGGUAUUGCUGAAAUCGCAAGGGUUGCCACAAAAGAAUGUUGGUUUACAGUUGAAUACUUGCUGAUAUUUAUGUAAGAAAUUUACACAACCAUUUUGUAAUAUCAAAACGUUUAUUUAGAUAGGAGGUCACAACAGAUGUAUGUUUAAAUGUUGCAUUUUCUAAAGCUCUCUCCAAGAAAUCUGUCUGUUUAUUGACAUAUAACUGAUCUAUGUUGUAAUGAGGAAAACAGUUAACAUUUUAACACUCUUCACCAUAUGAAAACCUCAUUUUAAUUGAAUAAGACUAUAUAGGGCAUGAUUAACACAAAAGUAGACAGUUCUUUAAACUCUUAAUUCAGUUGUUUGUGCCAAUGUCAAUCAGUAUUCACUGUCCCUGCAGUGAUAUUUGUUAAUAACAUUGGCAAACAUACAACAAUUCUGAUUUCAAAGGCUGAUGAGUGUAUGGAAUGAAGCUGGAGAGUUGUGUAUCUGUGAUCCCAGCAUCUACUGGAAUGUUGUACUAUUAGACCACCCGUGUUCUGAUCUCCAAGUGAUGUAGGAGACCGUGAUAAUGUCUCUCGAGGUAGUUUGAUAUACCAACUGUGUUACUGUUCCUAAUUGAGUUUAUAUUUUGUUAUACCUGAUGUAGUUAGUACAGAAAAUUAUUGUACAUUGUUACAAGCCAGUGAUUUCUUGUUUCAGUAUAUCAUAUUAUGUGUUUAUAAAGAGUCUAAAAAGGUCAGUGGAGGCAGUAGUAGCUAGAAAACUACACAGGUUUUGGAAUGGUAUUUACACCAACUCAUGUUUAUUGAAAUGAAAUGAAGUUGCAUUUAUGUUUCUACUUAUGAAUUGUUCAUCAAGUUUGUAAAAUGCGUCGUGUAUUUGUAUGUAAAAGUGCUAGGUGUUAGAAGGUACCAGUGAACAUGUGUUGGAGAGUGCUUAUGCUAUGUGUGUUAAAUCGUUAAUGUUAGAAAGUGACAGUGUAUUGUGUUGGAGGACACUAGUAUUAUAUGUUGGAGAAUACUUGUCAUGUGUUUUGGGGGACACUAAUGUCAUGAGAUAGAGGGUACUAGUGUUAUGUGUUGGAGAAUACUAGUGUCAUGUGAUGUAGGUACCUGUGUCAUGUGUUGUGAAGAUACCAGUGUCAUGUGAUGGAGGGUACCAGUGUCAUGUGUUGGAGGACACUAGUAUUAUGUGUUGAAGAAUACUGGUAUCAUGUGAUGGAGGGUACCUGUGUCAUGUGUUGGGAAGGUACCAGUGUCAGGUGACGGAGGGUGCCAUUGUCAUGUGUUGGGAUGGUACCUGUGUCAUGUGAUGGAGGGUACCAGUGUCAUGUGAUGGAGGGUACCAGUGUCAUGUGUUGGAAGGGUACUAGUGUCAUGUGAUGAAGGGUACCAUUGUCAUGUGAUGGAGGAUACCAGCAUCAUGUAAUGGAGGAUACCAGUGUCAUAUGUUGGGAAGGUACCAGUGUCAUGUGUUGGGAAGGUACCAGUGUCAUGUGAUGGAGGGUACCAGUAUCAUGUGAUGAAGGGUACCAUUGUCAUGUGAUGGAGGGUACCAGUGUCAUGUGAUGGAGGAUACCAGCGUCAUGUAAUGGAGGAUACCAGUGUUGUGUGUUGAGAAUGGUACCAGUGUCAUGCGUAAGAGUGUAACAUUGUCUGGUGUUAGUGUGUACCAGUGUCUGGUGUUAGUGUGGACCAGUGUCUGGUGUUGGAGUGUACCAGUGUCUGGUGUUAGAGUGUACCAGCGUCUGGUGUUAGUGUGUACCAGUGUCUGGUGUUAGAGUGUACCAGUGUCUGGUGUUGGAGUGUACCAGUGUCUGGUGUUAGAGUGUACCAGUGUCUGGUGUUAGUGUGUACCAGUGUCUGGUGUUAGAGUGUACCAGUGUCUGGUGUUAGAGUGUACCAGUGUCUGGUGUUGGAGUGUACCAGUGUCUGGUGUUAGAGUGUACCAGCGUCUGGUGUUAGUGUGUACCAGUGUCUGGUGUUAGAGUGUACCAGCGUCUGGUGUUAGUGUAUUGGUUAUGAGAUGUGAUAUUCGCCUGUGUGUUUUGGUGUGUUUAAGUGAGGAUGGAUCAUUAUUACAACAUAGUUAGUCUUAUUUGUGUGAUAUAUUCCUAUAUUUUUAUUUAGGAGUCCUUACAGAGAUACCUAUUCUGGCAGAUUUUUCUUGAGUGAAAAUCAGAUUUUUCUGUAUUUAAGCUAGACUAUACAGUUUAACUGUGGGAACUUUUUUCCUUAACAACACCAAAUUUCUAUGAAACCUGGUGUUUAUAUGUGAACAUAUUUGUAAGUUAUCCUUUCUCUAUUUCAACUUCUGUGAUAUUGUUUGUUUUCAUGGUCAAGUAAUAAAAGAACAAGUCAAUAUCAGAGAAAUAUAUUAAUUACCAAAUAAUACAUAUUUCACAAUGUAUAACACUUACCAUGUUGGGUGCCAGAUGUUGGGUACCAGAUGUUGUAAACCCUGAUACCUGAUGUUGGGUACCAGAUGUUGUAAACCCUGAUACCUGAUGCUGGGUACCUGAUGUUGGGUACCCUGAUACCUGAUGUUGGGUACCUGAUGUUGUAAACCCUGAUACCUGAUGUUGGGUACCAGAUGUUGUAAACCCUGAUACCUGAUGCUGG